GAGAAAGUGAGUGUCUUACUGAAGCGAGUUAUGAAGGCGUUGCAAAUUCAUAUCCCUCCCCCCCCCCUCCCUCUCACCCGCUUUCGUUGGCGGCUUUCGUCGCCAGAUCUUCAGGAACCCGUAGAGGCUCUGGCACAAUGCACAAUAACUGUCCUUCUCCUGAAUUCCGCUGCUGCUUGUCAGAGACCCGAAGACAACAAGAAACCAAAGUCGCAUCAGUGGAAAAACUUCCUGCGUGACUGGCAUAUUCUGAUGAAGCAUGUGUUCACACCGGAAGAAGAAGAAAGCCUGCUGAGAUGUUGCGCGCCAAAUAAAACCGAGGCUCUAAAGGCGUGCAUUAACGAAGCUGGACUGACGUUUGUACAAUACAAGCAGAUCAAGAGCGCCGUCAGGAAAUGGAGAUCCAGUAAGAUCAAAAAUGGCCGUCCCAGUCCAGAAGUAGAAGAAAAGGACCUUUCGGAAAUUGCGGAUUCAAAAACUUCGCUGCGUGAACUUGUUGAGAAGGCCCGCACACUUGGAAAAUGCAUCGCCAAAAUUAAGUGAAUUGAUCUUCAAAAAGCAAUAAAAACGCUUCUCAAGAA